UGCGUCUAUUGCGAAUACAUUUUUCUUUUUAGAACACUCAAAUACGUUAUUUGCUGUUUGUGUUUUGUCAAACUAUUAGAGAAGUCACGUAUUUAAAUUGAUAUCAAUCUAUUCGAUUUCCUUUACGCAUAUGCCUUACAAAUGUCAACAGAAGAGGAGAUUGCGGAUAGUUGGGAGGACAUUGAUGAUGAUGAACUCGAGAGACGUAUGGAAGAGCGAGAACACGCACGCCAAGCGAAAGAAUUGAAGGAAGCUGUCAACCAAUCAAAUGUCGAUUGGGAUGAAAUGCCUCGAACAAGACGGAAAGAACCUCGGAUUCAGCUCUUGAAAAGAGAUCCGACUCAACAGAAAGGUGUGUUGAUGUCUGACGAUCAGCAGCAAGGAAAAGCAGUGAAGUCACUAGCUGAACGUGAAGCAGAAUACAUGGAAGCAAGGGCUCGAAUUAUGGGAAAGCCAGGCGACGGUGUUUCUGUCCAAUCAAAGGCGGUGGUUUCCACUGAAAAAUCAGGAAGCAACAAGCCUUCCAACACUACAAGAAAUCCACGGGCUCCAGGCAGUGGCAAAGGAUUUGAUAAUAAAAAUCGGUAGUUGGAUACACAUUUACAUGUUUUGAGAUGGCCAUUUAUUCUUUCAACUGUAAAGAUAUGUAAUGUAAUAAUAUUCAAGCGCUGUAUUAUUGAAUUUAAUAAAAGCACUAGAC